AUGAGCGAAGCCGAAACGAAACGGGACGUGAAGAAAUGGCUGAUGGGUCGCCAUUCUCCAAAUGAACUCUUUGCCGACUUCACCGAGAAGAGGUUGGAUGGCACCUGCGAGUGGAUCCUAACCAAAGGAUCAUUCGUCGACUGGUCUUCAUCCGACUUUCCCGCUGCAGCAGCAAAGCUUCUGUGGAUCAACGGGCCUCCAGGGUUCGGAAAGUCCACCCUGUGUGCCAGACUGAUCAAGCAUCUGACAGACACGAUCAAAGAGCCUAUUGCUCAUUUCUUCUUUUCCUCCGAUUUUGAGACUCGGGCGGAUCCUUUUGUCGCGAUACGAUCCUGGAUCUCUCAAAUCUCUCAUCAUCCAACGGCGUUCAAGCUCAUCCGUGAAAGAUGGGCAACACAGUGCAACCAGACAGCAACUCGAGCAGAUAUCAUCGAGCUUCUCCAAGCGAUUUCUCAAGCUAUUCAUGGGUGCACAUUCGCUCUCGAUGGCUUAGAUGAAUGUACUUGGAGCCGGGGUGGGGACGACUCCGUCACUGUGUUCCUGGAAACAAUCAAGAAGGCGACCAAAGGUACAGCCACCCGAAUCCUGGUUGUUAGUCGCAGCGAACCUGAUAUCAGACAUGGUAUUAUCAGCCCUUCUCCUGGGACUACGGUGUUUCAACACAAGAUUUCACUUGAGGAUGUCAGCUCGGAUAUACAGCUGUACUCUAUGAGCAUCGUGGAAACCCGACUUCCUCGCAAGACCGAGGCGACGAAGCUCCACAUUUCGCAAAAGAUGGCCAGUGGAUGCAAUGGACAGUUCCUCUGGCUGAAGCUGCAGCAGGAUUCUCUCCGCAGUUGGAAGAAUCAAAAGCAGUUGGAGGAUACAAUUGACAAGACUCCAGCUGGACUCGAAUUACUGUACGAACGGAAUUGGAGAAUGAUGUCAAGAUUCCCCAAAAGAGAACGCGCUCGGGCCUUUGCCCUGCUGCGUUGGACGGCAUUUGCUUUCCGACCUCUGACUGUCCGAGAACUCACCGAGGCCUUGCUAAUCGAUGAAAAGAAAAACGAACUGCUACUCGAUGAGAUGCCGGAUACCAUCGAUGAAGACUAUAUCGACAGUGAAAUAGUCAGCCUCUGCGGGUCUCUCCUUGAGGUUCGCACCUCCCAAUCUGAAUUGCACGUAGGAUUGCGGACGGUACAUCUUGCACAUUUCUCUGUGAAGGAAUAUAUUCUUUGCAACAUGCCCUUAAAUUUGACUAUCCCGACCUUCAAACCGUUGAGCGAGUCUGUUGAAAGCAUUUAUUUCGCCAAGAGGUGCCUGUGCUAUCUCAAUAUCCCAGAGGUGUGGUCGAACGGCUCUACUCUGCGUGAUGAUCAGGUCCACGGAUCAUUCUUGGAUUAUGCAGCCGGUCAUUGGUACAAAUACUAUGCAGUGGACGAACUGAAUGACAGCAGAGCGGUGGGCCACAUGAAUGCAUUCUUUGAUUCAAGCAACCCAGCAUGGCAUUCUUGGAGAAGAUGGAUGGAACACAACGACAAAGUCCUGGCGAUGAUGAACGUGGGAAGCAGAAGCAUUCUGAGAAGUCCACUAUUUUAUGCAGUAUUGGUUCACUUGCCUGACACCGUGCGGUACCUAAACGAGAAGAAGGGUUUCCAGCCCAACGAACAUGUCUCGUUGGGCUGGACAGUUCUGACAGUCGCUUGCUACCGGGGUGAUCUUGAGACAACCCAGGCUCUUCUUGACGCAGGGGCCAAUGUCAAUACUGUCGACGAUGAUGGAUGGACGCCACUCCACUUCGCUUCAGCAGGCGGACAUACCGAUUUGGCCAAACUCCUGCUUACAGCAGGUGCAGAUACCAGUCCGUCAGCUAAAACAGGAUUGACAUACAACAAUGGUCACCACGAUACACUCCAUCCAUCACUGCAUUGGAAAAGAUGUUCAUAUCCUUGUGUGACCCUGCCAAUUGUCCCAUACAUCUCUCUAGCCAGGGCCCAGCUUUCACCCCAAGAGCGCGUUGAAUUCACAUUCAAAAUGUUACCCCAAAGAUGUGACUCCAAUCAUUCUCUCCGCCUCUGGGUUCAGGUCAGAAUCAGGCUUCUUAAACUACGCUCAUUAAAAUCCGAAACAAGCUCAAAGAAGAUGGAGCAAUGUCGCUUUACCACAUCCGAAAUCAGUCACGAAGCCCACGCCGAGUCUGACCCCGACUCAGACUCCAACCUCUCCCAUACAUCGCGAUCCGGUGCUGAUCUCGCCCCAUCCAUAUUAUGGACUGAGGAUGCUACAGACUGGUCAUUUUCAUUUAAUCUCAAGUGGGCUUUGGGCAGGCUAUCCGAGUGGAUGAAUGGAAUUAAAGCUGAUACGCUCUGGCACAAUCUACUCACAGAUCCUAGUCACUUGCUGGAUUUAGUCGCGAUGUACGUCAUGUAUUCGUACAAAAGCAUAUGGCGGGCGUCUCACCUCCAGAAGUCUCUAAUAUGUAAAAUCUUUAAUUCAGAUUUGAAAUAG